ACUCAAAACUAAAAAAAAAAAGAUACGGAAGGGGAGAGAGAAGUUAUUUUGAUGUUAUUCUAAAGCACGACGCCUUCGAACCCUAGCUCGCGGCAAAUUCUCUCUCCCAAUUUUCCGUCUUCCUCUGUUCGGAUCAAAUUCCAAAUUCGAAUCGAUCGAUAAAUUCCCCGCUCAUCCUUGUUUUAUUCGUGGCUAUUGGAGUUGUCGUUCGAUUUAAUAAUUGGGGAUAUACAUUCAACGUUUGGCUUUUGAGGAGGAGAAAAGGGUGUCCAAGAGUUGAGAUUUCUAAAAAUAUAUUUGUUAUAGAGUGGAUCUUCAAGGAUGCUGCGUUUAAGCUUUAGUAGCUUUAAUAUUUCGAGUUGUUUUGUUCAUCUGGCUGAGUGGCAUCCUUUGGAAUAACGAAGCUUAUCGGGCUUUGAAGCCCUCGAAACCUGUUUUUGCAGAGCUCCAGAUUUGUUAGCUUCAGCAGUUGGGAUUUUUCAUUAGCAGAUUUUUUUUGGAGUAGACGAUGUUUCGUGAUAGCUUUUCAUUUAUCCAAGCAAUGGGAUGCUUUGGGUGCUUAGGGUGCUCGAGGAGAACCCGUCGAUCAUCUAAGCCCUAUAUGAAUAAAAAUCACGGGCUGUCCCAGGAUCUUUUGAUAGAUGAUCAUCUACGGGAUUACGAUGAUACGUAUUCAUGUGAUAGUGAUGAAACUAGCAAUGCCCAAGAAGUGGAGCAGCAGAACCGUUCGAAGCGCUCCGAGGAAAUCUUGAAAUUUAGAUUAAAUAAUGGGCUGAUCUGUAGGCAGUGUCCAGUGAAGGAAACAAAUAAACUUAUCCGCGGGGAGGAUGAAAAUGGAAACAAGAUGAUCAAUGAGUAUGUUCGCGAGUGUAAAAUUGGAUCCGGUAGCUAUGGCAAAGUGGUUCUAUAUCGAAGCACUGUAGAUGGCAAGCAUUAUGCUAUCAAGGCAUUUCACAAGUCGCAUUUACUUAAGCUACGGGUUGCACCUUCAGAAACGGCUAUGGGCGAUGUUCUCCGCGAGGUUAUGAUCAUGAAAAUGCUGGAGCAUCCAAAUAUUGUUAAUCUCCUUGAAGUGAUUGAUGACCCCGAGACUGAUCAUUUCUACAUGGUCCUCGAAUAUGUUGAUGGAAAAUGGGCUUAUGACGAAUCUGGACCACCGGGUGCUGUUGGAGAGGAAACUGCUAGAAAGUACUUGCGAGACGUAGUUGCUGGCCUGAUGUAUCUUCAUGCUCAUAACAUUAUUCACGGGGAUAUUAAACCUGACAAUCUACUGGUUACUAGCACUGGAACAGUGAAGAUUGGAGACUUCAGCGUCAGCCAAGCCUUUGAGGAUGAUAAGGAUGAACUCCGCCGAUCUCCAGGGACUCCUGUUUUCACUGCUCCAGAGUGUUGCAUAGGUAUAACUUACCGUGGCAGAGCUGCAGACACAUGGGCAGUGGGUGUUACUUUGUAUUGUAUGAUAUUGGGACAGUACCCAUUUCUCGGUGAGAGCCUUCAGGAUACUUAUGACAAGAUUGUUCAUAAUCCUUUGAUAAUUCCUGAUGGACUGAAUCCACUUCUGAGAAGCUUGAUCGAAGGUCUUCUCUGCAAAGAUCCGAAACAGAGGAUGACACUGAAAGAUGUGUCGGAGCAUCCAUGGGUCAUCGAUAAAGACGGACGAAUUCCCGAGUACUUGUGCUGGUGCAAACGCAAUUCCGCUCGAGGGACUGAAUCAGAAUCCAACGGGAUCGAGACCCUAAUCGAAAUCUCGGAUUCCAACUGAAGGUAAAAAAAAGCUUGGUUGGAUGAUCGUCCGAAAACUGUCUUGUGGUUUCACCAGAGCAAAGCUUAUGACAUGUAGGGUUAGUUCUCUGUGUCAACGGUUACGUAAUAUGCAAGUUACCCAGGAGGAGAAUCACGCGGGAGAGGAGUUUGCCCCUUUUUUUUUUAAUGAAUUAGGGUUCUUUUGUUUAUGUUUUUUUGCUGGCCACUGCUUAAGCUAUACAAGUUUUGAUACUAUAUGAUUUUCUUCUUUUUUGGGUGUUUUUAGGGACGAGUUAUUUCUCCUUCAUAAGUUUUUUGUGCGUACAAAAUCACGUUUAUGUUU